UAUUUUUAACUAUGGUCAUUGUGAUGAUUUAGACGUCAACAACAUUUUAGGUUAGGCGUCGCAUCAUUGGGUUAGUUUUGGUUUUCUUUCACGUAUUAUGUAGUGCUGGUGGUGCAAUAUGAGUUCCCCUAGUAGAGACAAUGAGGAACCGUCGUCGAGCACUACGACAAUGGAGACAGACCUCGCCGCAAGUGGAGAUGCAGCGGUCGCCCGGCCGCCCGCCAAGCGCAGAAUCUCCAGCACAGUCAUUGAGAUUUCCGACACGGAUAGUGAUGAUUCGGACGUGUGCGCCGUCAACUCUUACCAGGCUUCUGCUGAUGAAGUUAAGAGGAUCCGAGGAGAAGACUAUUCUUCAUCCUCGUCAUCGUCAGAAUAUAGUUCUGACUCUGAAACCUCUUGGGAGGAUGACUCAAUUGUAGUAGAUUACAAAAACAAUGCGAAACCACUCAAAGCACAGCUCAACCCUCGCGCCAACAGGAUGGAUAACCCAUUGUUCAACCCCAAGAUUAAGUCACAAGAACUGCUAGACAGACUACAAACACAUUGGAAACAAUUAAAAGAUUUAGACACCCCUGAGGUGAAACUCACCUGUGAGCCGUUCAGGCUGUGUCUGCUGCAUGACUUCCUGGCCAAUCCGGAGAUGAUUAACAACAUAGUGGAUGAUAUGAACACAUUGGACUGGUCACGGAAAAAAAUGGAUCUCUAUGAGUUCCACCAGACUGCCGACCUGGCCAGCCUUACCUGGCAGAGAAGUAUUAGAGGCAUAUAUGAGCUGCUGAAGACUGAGGUCAUGAGCUGGGUGGCGGCGGCCACCGGGCUGCGUCUGGAGUCCGUGUCGGCGUCGUGCUCGCUGUACGGGCCCGGGGACCAUCUGCUGGUGCAUGACGACCUGCUGGCCGACCGCCGCGUCGCCUUCAUCCUAUACCUGGCGCCCUGGGCCCCACCCCGCCCCCCUACAGUCGACCAUCGGCCCUUGGAGAACGGCUCCGGAGACCACGCCGCGGGCCGAUCCGCGGAGUGUGGUGGGUGGGCCCCCGACACGGGCGGGGCCGCAGAGUGGGGUGGCUGGGCCCCGGACAUGGGCGGGGCGCUGCAGCUGCUGGCGCGGGACGCCGCGGGCCGGCCGCAGCGCGUGGUGCGCUCCAUCACCCCGCGGAACAACACGCUCGCCUUCUUCAAGGUCGGCGCCGACUCCUUCCACCAGGUGGAGGAGGUGCUGUCCCUGGAGCUUCCGCGGCUGUCCAUCAAUGGCUGGUUCCACGGGCCUGCGCCGGAGCCCGAGCUCGACGCGGAGCCCCAGGACCGCGACGACACUGACACCACACUCGAGUUACAGCGACCACACAAUGAUAUUGUGGUGCUGAGUCAGUGGGUGACGGCCCAGUACCUGUCCCCGCGCGUGCGCCUGCAGGUCCAGGCGCAGAUGGAGCGACACAGCGAGGUCAGCCUGCAAGACCUGCUGCAGCCGGGGACGCUGGCAGACCUCAUGCGGGCCCUCGGCGACCCCGAGCUACCGUGGGAGCUGGCGGGCCCCGCCGACCGGUGCCACUACAUGCGCGUGCCGGGCUCCUGGGCCGCCGGGGCGCCGGGCGCGACCGCCUGGGUGCCAGGCGAGGCCCCCGGGUCGCCGGGCGCGGGCCCCGUGCGCGCGGCGCUGGGCCUGCUGGGCAGCGCGGCCUUCGUGCGCAUGCUGGCCGACUGCACGGACCUGGCGCUGACGGGCUGGCGCGGCCUGGAGCUGCAGCGCUGGGCGCCCGGGGACUACGCCCUGCUGCCGCCGCGCGCCGAGUACCGCGCGCCCCGCCUGGAGGCGCGCCUCAUGCUGCUGCCGGCGCGCGCGCCGGGCGGCGCCGGCGGCACGCGCGUGUACGUGGCGCCCGAGGACGCGGGCGACGAGGCGGAGGCCGAGGCGGGCGAGGGCGGCGAGGCGGACGGCGCGCUGGUGUCGGUGGAGCCCACGCACAACGCGCUGUCGCUGGUGUACUGCGACGCGGGCGCCGCGGCCUUCACCAAGUACCUGACGCGGCUGGCGCCGGCGCCCGAACCUUUCUAUGUGUUCACGUGCACCUACGUCGAGUGACAGCGCGCCCCCGCCCGCGGCCGCGGCCGCAGCCGGGCGCGCCCCCGCCCCUACGCCCGCGCCCACGCGCGCCCCCGCCCCGGCCCCCACUGGGCACAGUGGCGCUGAACGAACGUGCUCGUAGACUGAGCACGAGGACUGUACGACGACUGUGUAUUAUUACCACUCGCUACCAGUACUACAUUUUAUGUUUACGUAUUGUCUAUAUUCACAUUAUUCCUUGUGUAUUUUAAAAUAUAAGAACAACUAUAU